AUGCUACAACAAAGCUAUUUUUAUUAAUCCAAAUUACGAUAUCGCUUGGAAUUAAAAAGGCAAUUAACUAUUAGAUAUUAUUAUAUAGGCAAUGCAUUAAAAAGUUUAAAUAAAUAUUAAGAAGCAAUUGAAUGCUAUGACAAAGCUAUUUCCAUUAAUCCAAAUUAUGAGGCUGCUUGGAUUAAUAAAGGCCUUGCAUUAAACAAAUUAAAUCAAUAUUAAGAAGCAAUAGAAUGCUAUAACAAAGCUAUUUCCAUUAAUCCAAAUUAUGAUGUCACUUGGUACCUUAAAGGGCAUGCAUUAAGCAAAUUAAAUCAAUAUUAAAAAGCCAUUGAAUGCUAUGACAAAUCUAUUUCCAUUAAUCCAAAUUAUGAUGUCACUUGGUUUAAUAAAGGUAAUUAGCUAUUAGAAUAGCAUUAUAUAGGCAUUUCAUUAAGCAAAAUAAAUAAAUAUUACGAAGCGAUCGAAUGCUACGACAAAGCUAUUUUCAUUAAUCCAAAUUAUGAUCUCACUUGGUAUCUUAAAGGCCAUGCAUUAAACAAAUUAAAUCGAUAUUAAGAAGCCAUUGAAUGCAGCGACAAAGCUAUUUCCAUUAAUCCAAAUUAUGAUGACGCUUGGAAUAAUAAAGGAAAUGCAUUAAAAAGUUUAAAUAAAUAUUAAGAAGCAAUUGAAUGCUACGACAAAGCAAUUAAGAUUAAUCCAAAUAAUUUUGGAGUUUGGAAUAAUAAAGGCAUUGCAUUAGACAAUUUAAAUUAACAUUAAGAAGCUAUGGAAUGCUACAAUAAAGCUAUUUCUAUUAAUCCAAAUUAUGAUGUCGCUUGGAAUAAUAAAGGAAAUGCAUUAAACCAUUUACAUAAAUAUUAAGAAGCUGUCGAAUGCUACUACAAAGCUAUUUUCAUUAAUCCAAAUUAUGAUGUCGCUUGGAAUAAUAUAGGUGAUGGACUAAGCAAAUUAAAUAAAUAUAAAGAUGCAAUUGAAUGCUACAAAAAAGCUAUUUCAAUUAAUCCAAAUUAUGAUGUCACUUGGUUUCAUAAUGGCCUUGCAUUAAGCAAUUUAAAUAAAUAUUAAGAAGCAAUUGAAUGCUAUGACAAAGCUAUUUCCAUUAAUCCAAAUUAUGAGGCUGCUUGGAUUAAUAAAGGCCAUGCAUUAAACAAAUUAAAUCAAUAUUAAGAAGCAAUCGAAUGCUACGAUAAAGCUAUUUCUAUAAAUUCCAAUUAUGAGGCUGCUUGGAAUAAUAAAGGCCUUGCUUUAACCAAAUUAAAUAAAUAUUAAGAAGCCAUUGAAUGCUACGACAAAGUUAUUUCAAUUAAUCAAAAUUCUGAUGCUGCUUGGAAUAAUAAAGGCUUUGCAUUAAGCAAUUUAUAUCAAUAUUAAGAUGCCAUUGAAUGCUAUGACAAAGCAAUUUCAAUUAAUUCAAAGCAUGAUACUGCAUGGUAAAAUAAAGGCUUGAUACUACACAAUUUAAAUAAAUAUAAAGAUGCCAUAAUAUGCUAUGAUUAAGCCUUAUCCAUAAGCAUUACUCCUAAAAGCUUGAGGCUAAAAGCUGAUUCACUAAUUAAAUUAGGGAACGAAUAAGAAGCUUAUGAGCUUAUUUUAGAUUCAUUAAAUUAAGAAUAAGAAAACCACUUAUUAAUAAUGACAUAUUUAUCGUGGUGA